UGCCAUCUACCGAUCACUUUUGUUUCUACACCACCUAACCGCACUAUUUUGUUUACAUCAUCUACAACGAAAACAACUGUUUAACUUGAAGUACCUAUCAUUUUUUUUAAUAUGUCUGUUACGAUUCACACCGACCUGGGUAACAUAAAAGUGGAGUUGUACUGUGAGGAAUGUCCAAAAACUUGUGAAAACUUCCUUGCUCUCUGUGCAAGUGAUUACUACACUGGUUGCUUGUUUCACAGAAACAUAAAGGGUUUUAUUGUUCAAACUGGUGAUCCAUUAGGCACUGGUAAAGGCGGUACAUCAAUCUGGGGCAAGAAGUUUGAAGAUGAGUUCAAAGAUGAACUUAAGCAUAAAAGCAGAGGGUUACUAUCAAUGGCUAACAAUGGACCAAAUACAAAUGGCAGUCAAUUUUUCUUCACAUAUGGCCCACAUUCUCAUCUAGAUUUGAAAUACACAUUGUUUGGAAAAGUAAUAGAUGGUCUAGAUGUGCUAGAUGAAUUGGAGAAGGUACCAGUAAAUCCAAAGAAUUUUAAACCUCUGAAUGACAUAAAGAUAAACAGUAUUACAAUUCAUGCUAAUCCAAUAGCAGGUUAAACACAGAUUUUUAAAUAAAUUAGAUUUAAUUUUGAA